GGCGUCGCCCGUAGCGACGGGGUCUCCCGCGCGGCGCCCGAGGGGUCAGCCCCGGCCUGGCCGGCGGGCAUGCGGAGUGCGGGCGCGGCCGGGAGGAAGCAGCGGGCGGCUCCGGCCCUCCUCGGGCCCGCCGGGCGGCGCCAUGUCCCUGCUCUGCGUCCGCGUAAAGAAAGCAAAGCUCCAGGGACCUCCAGAUAAAUUCAACACUUACGUGACGCUGAAGGUGCAGAAUGUCAAGAGCACCACAGUUGCUGUCCGUGGGGCCCAGCCGUCUUGGGAGCAGGACUUCCUCUUCGAGAUCAGCCGCCUGGACCUGGGCCUGAUUGUGGAAGUGUGGAACAAAGGGCUGAUCUGGGACACCAUGGUGGGCACGGCCUGGAUCGCCCUGGAGAGCGUCCGGCAGUCGGAUGAGGAAGGCCCCGGGGAGUGGUCCACCCUGGAGGCCGAGGUCCUGAUGAACGGCCAGGAGGUCUGCGGCACCAAGAACCCCACCCCACACAGGAUUUUGCUGGACACGAGAUUCGAGCUGCCCUUUGACAUUCCUGAGGAUGAAGCCAAAUACUGGACCAAGAAGCUGAAGCAGAUGAACUCGCUGGAGGAAGAGGAAGAGCCGUCUCCCACGGAAGAGGAGCAGCAGCAGCUGAUGCCCCCCGAGGCCUCCCAGUGUUCUUCCGAAGGCCACGAGAGCGCCGUGGAGGACCGGGACAGCGACUACCGCAGCGAGACCAGCGCCAGCCUCCCCCCUGCCUACUGCACCACCUCCCAGCCCAACGCUUCGGCCCACCAGUUCCGGGGGGCUUCCCGUCUGCAGCAGCAGGGGGUCUGCGUGGAGCCCCUCCGUGGGUACGCCUCGGACGAGCGGACUGGCAUGAGGAGACACGGCAGCAUCGGCUCCGCUGGGAGUGGCCGGACCGACCUGGAAUCCGGAUCGCAUUCCAGUCAAGUGACCAGCCGCCAGCUGUCCCUAGAAAGCCGGCACUCCUUAGAGUUGUCGGAUAGUCCUGCCAGCAGCAGUAAGUUCGGCUCCUCUGGCAACAUCAGUCCAGGCAGUUCCCAGCUGAGCGAGCCAGAGCAGCCGGGCUCGGAGCAGGAGGAGGAGCUCCCAGAAGCUGAGUCUGUGGCUCUGACCCUGCCGGACAUUCAGGAGCCCUCGAGCGAGCCGGCCGAGUCCCAGGAAGCACGCCAGGAAGAAGGCGAAGAGGGGGCCGAGGAAGGUGGGCGCUCUCGGCUCCCGGGAGAGGAAGAGGGCACCCCCAAAGCUGCUCCGGAACCCCCAGGGAGCCUGCUGGAUGAAAACGAGACACUGCUUUUCGCUCCGGCCAGAGCCCGCUGGAUACGAGCCAUCACCAAAGUCCGGCUCCAGUUCCAAGAGGGUCCGGACAAUGGGCAGCCCUCCGAGUCUCCGUGGUUCAAAGGAGGGCCAGCGGGCGGCCUGUACGGCAUUGACAGCAUGCCAGAUCUACGGCAGAAGAAGCCCCUCCCCCUCGUCAGUGACCUGUCGCUGGUGCAGUCACGGAAGGCAGGCAUCACCUCGGCCAUGGCCACCCGGACGUCGCUCAAGGACGAAGAGCUGAAGUCCCACGUGUACAAGAAGACCCUCCAGGCCUUAAUCUACCCCAUCUCCUGCACCACGCCCCAUACCUUUGAGGUGUGGACUGCCACGACCCCCACCUACUGCUACGAGUGCGAGGGGCUUCUGUGGGGCAUUGCCCGCCAAGGGAUGCGCUGCGUGGAAUGUGGGGUCAAGUGCCACGAGAAGUGCCGAGACCUGCUCAAUGCCGACUGCCUGCAGAGAGCCGCCGAGAAGAGCUCCAAGCACGGGGCGGAGGACCGGACCCAGAACAUCAUCAUGGCCAUGAAGGACCGCAUGAAGAUCCGGGAGCGGAACAAGCCGGAGAUCUUCGACCUGAUCCGGGACGUCUUUGGCGAGAGCAAGGGGACCCACGGGCAACAGAUCAAGGCGGUCAAGCAGAGCGUCCUGGACGGGACCUCCAAGUGGUCGGCCAAAAUCACCAUCACAGUGUUCUGUGCCCAGGGCCUGCAGGCCAAGGACAAGACCGGCUCCAGCGACCCCUACGUGACCGUCCAAGUGGGCAAAACCAAGAAAAGGACCAAGACCAUUUUUGGGAACCUGAACCCCGUCUGGGAGGAGAAGUUCCACUUUGAGUGCCACAACUCCUCCGAUCGGAUCAAAGUGCGCGUCUGGGACGAAGACGACGACAUCAAGUCCCGGGUGAAGCAGCGGCUGAAGAGGGAAUCGGACGACUUUUUGGGCCAGACCAUCAUUGAAGUCCGGACGCUGAGCGGAGAGAUGGACGUCUGGUACAACCUGGAAAAGCGGACAGACAAAUCGGCCGUCUCAGGCGCCAUUCGGCUGCAGAUCAGCGUGGAGAUCAAAGGCGAAGAGAAGGUGGCUCCUUAUCACGUCCAGUACACCUGCCUUCAUGAGAACCUCUUCCACUACCUGACGGACGUCCAAGGAAGCGGCGUGGUGAAGAUCCCCGAGGCCAAAGGAGACGACGCCUGGAAGGUCUACUUUGAGGAGAUCGGCCAGGAGAUCGUGGAUGAGUUUGCCAUGCGCUACGGGAUCGAGUCCAUCUACCAAGCCAUGACGCAUUUUGCGUGUCUUUCGUCCAAGUACAUGUGUCCCGGAGUGCCGGCCGUCAUGAGCACCUUGCUGGCCAACAUCAAUGCCUACUAUGCCCACACCACGGCCUCCACCCAGGUCUCCGCCUCCGACCGCUUCUCGGCCUCAAACUUUGGGAAGGAGAGGUUCGUGAAAUUGCUGGACCAGCUGCACAAUUCCCUCCGGAUUGACCUCUCCAUGUACAGGAACAACUUCCCCGCCAGCAGCCGGGAGCGUCUGCAGGACCUCAAAUCCACCGUGGACCUUCUGACCAGCAUCACCUUCUUCCGAAUGAAGGUCCAGGAGCUGCAGAGCCCGCCUCGUGCCAGCCAGGUGGUCAAGGGCUGCGUCAGGGCCUGCCUCAACUCCACCUAUGAGUACAUCUUCAACAACUGCCACGAGUUGUACAGCCGGGAGUAUCAGGUGGACCAGAACAAAGCACAGGAGUUGCCCCCCGAGGAGCAGGGCCCCAGCGUGAAGAACCUGGACUUCUGGCCCAAACUCAUCACGCUCAUCGUCUCCAUCGCGGAGGAGGACAAGAACUCCUACGCCCCCGUCCUCAACCAGUUUCCCCAAGAACUGGCGGUGGGCAAGAUAAGUGCAGAAGUCAUGUGGAACCUCUUCGCUCAGGACAUGAAAUACGCCAUGGAAGAGCACGAGAAGCACCGGCUGUGCAGGAGCGCUGACUACAUGAACCUACACUUCAAGGUGAAGUGGCUUUACAACGAGUACCUCUGCAGCCUGCCAGCCUUCCAGGGCACCGUGCCCGAGUACCCAGCGUGGUUUGAGCCCUUUGUGGUGCAGUGGCUGGAUGAGAACGAAGACGUCUCGAUGGAAUUCUUGCACGGCGCUCUGGAGCGAGACAAGAAGGACGGGUUCCAGCAGACGUCGGAGCACGCCCUCUUCUCCUGCUCGGUGGUCGAUAUCUUCACCCAACUCAAUCAGAGUUUUGAGAUCAUCAAGAAGCUGGAAUGCCCCGAUCCGACCAUUCUGGCUCGCUACAUGCGACGCUUUUCCAAGACCAUUGGGAAGGUGCUGGUGCAGUACGCAGAGAUUGUCUCCAAGAACUUCCAGAGCUUCUGCUCCAAGGAGAAGGUGCCCUGCAUCCUGAUGAACAACGUCCAGCAGCUGAGGGUGCAGCUGGAGAAGAUGUUUGAGGCCAUGGGGGCCAAAGAGCUGGACCCCGAGGCCAGCGACUCCCUGAAGGAGCUGCAGGUGAAGCUGAACAACGUCCUGGAUGAGCUCAGCACCACCUUCGGAAACAGUUUCCAGCCGCGCAUUGAGGAGUGUGUGAAGCAGAUGUCGGAGAUCCUGGGCCAGGUCAAGGGGGCCGGGAACAGCGGCCCCAACACUACAGCCCAAGACGCAGACAACGUCCUGAGGCCUCUGAUGGACUUCCUGGACGGAAACCUGACCCUCUUUGCCAACGUCUGUGAGAAGACGGUGCUGAAGCGGCUGCUGAAGGAUCUCUGGCGGGUUGUGAUGGACACCCUGGAGAGGCUGAUUGUGCUGCCCCCCCUCACGGAUCACACGGGGACCCAGCUGAUUUUCAGUGCCGCUAAAGAACUGGGCCAUUUAUCCAAGCUGAAGGAUCACAUGGUCCGGGAGGAAGCGCGGAACCUCAGCCCCAGGCAGUGCGAUGUGCUGGAACUGGCCCUGGACACCAUUAAACAAUACUUCCAUGCCGGGGGGAAUGGGCUAAAGAAGGCCUUCCUGGACAAGAGCUCGGAGCUUCAGUCGCUGCGCUACGCCCUCUCGCUCUACACCCAGACCACCGACACCCUCAUCAAGACCUUCGUCCAGACACAGACGGCACAAGGCUCCGAAGCGGAGGGCCCCGUGGGCGAAGUCUCCGUCCAGGUCGAUCUCUACACGCACCCAGGCAGUGGGGAGCACAAGGUCACCGUGAAAGUGGUGGCUGCCAAUGACCUGAAGUGGCAAACCAGCGGCAUGUUCCGGCCCUUCGUGGAGGUCACCAUGAUUGGACCACACCAAAGCGACAAGAAGCGGAAAUUCACCACCAAGUCCAAGAGCAACAACUGGGCCCCCAAGUACAACGAGACCUUCCACUUCGUCCUGGGCAAUGAGGACGGGCCGGACGCCUACGAGCUGCAGGUGUGCCUGAAGGACUACUGCUUUGCCCGUGAGGACCGGGUGCUGGGCAUCGCCGUGCUGCAGCUGCGGGAGGUGGUGGAGAAGGGCAGCUGUGCCUGCGGGUGCCCCCUGGGCCGGAGGAUCCACAUGGACGACACGGGGAUGACCAUUCUGAGGAUCCUCUCGCAAAGGACCAACGACGAAGUGGCCAAGGAGUUUGUCAAGCUCAAGUCCGAGUCCCGCUCCCCGGAAGAGGGGAGGUGAUCCCGGUCUCCGGCUCGGACUGCUUGGGCCAGACGCACACGGAGCAGCAGUGGCAGCAGCUGCCCCCGUUUCCCCUGGGCGCCCCGGGAGGCGCUUGGGAGCCCCUGUGACACCUUCCUUGCCAAGGGAGUCUCUGGGAUGGAUCGGGCCUGGGAGGGGGAACGGGGACAAGGACCCCUUCCUGCUUCAGCAGCUGUGCACAAGGAGUGGGGGCAACGUGCCCUCCAGGGGGAGGGACAUCCAACCGAAGACCCGGCCCCACAUUCCCGCCACUCGGGCAAGCCGCAGGCAGGCAGGGAAGGGGCUCCUGAGCCCAGCUGAGCCUUGACGAGGGUCUCAGGGUCUGGGAAGGGCGCUCGCCUGGAGAGGCCGGCGGAUGGAGCCCCGGAGGGCCAUUGGCGCCUUGUCCUCUUCCGAGAGUUGCUUGGCCUCAGUGGCCGUGGGGCAGGAGGACGGGGCGUGGCCUGGUGCGAGCUCUGCUGUCCUCCGUUGCGGGCGAGAGGAGGGGGCUUCCCUUUUCCUCUUGACCUUCCACAGCUUCUCGGUCUUUCUCAGAACGCUUCUAGGCGCUGCGUAGCUGUUGUGGGUACGUGUGAUACAAAAGUGCUGUUUCAACCCCCCUUGAAUGUGCCACCGUUGCAGGAAGUGUAGCCUUGAAUAAAGGACUGUUAGCGGCA